AAAAAUUAGAAUUUAAAAAAUUAAAAGUUUAAAUUGAAAAAGUUUCCAAUAAAAAAAAAAAACCAUAAAUCAUGGUUCAAGUUGUGGAGGACAUUUUUGGCAUUGCCACAAAUCCGUUUACGAAAAAAGCUCAAGUGAUCCGCCGCUACACCAUGACGAACUCGAAUCACAUGUCCGUGGGCAUCAUCACAUUGGGGGCCACCAUACAGAAUAUUCGGGUGCCCGAUGCCUACCACGAGACGGCGGAUGUGGUCCUGGGCUUCGACGAUAUCGCUGGCUAUCUCAAGCAUCAGGAUUUGAAGUUUGGCUGCACUUUGGGCCGUGUGGCCGGGCUGGUCAGCAAUGGUGAGUUCAUUUUGGACGAGCAUCGUGUGAUUGUUUCGAAAAAUCUCGAUCAGAGGCAUCACAUCGACGGUGGUUUGAUCGGCUUUGAUAAAGUCAUCUGGGAUUUGCAUUUGAUGCGGCCGGAUGGGAUAACACUGAGCCAUGUCUCGAAGGCGGGACACGAGGGCUUUCCCGGCCGCCUAGCCGUCAUGAUUCACUUCACCAUCGACGACGAGAGUCGCCUGUUCAUUCGCAUCGAGGCCAAAUCGGAUAAGACCACGCCCGUCGACAUUUGCAAUCACACAUACUUCAAUCUGGCGGGCCACAAGGCCGGCGUUGAGGGCCUCUUCGAGCAUCGAUUCUACAUGGAAAGCAAGGAGACAAUCGAAACGACCACCACCGAUAAUCUGCUGCCCACGGGCCGCUGCAAGUCCGUCAAUAACUCGGUGUAUGACAUCCGCCUGCCCGUCUUUAUGGGCGAUCGUGUGCGCCAGUUCAAGGAUAUGCCCGUGCCCGGCUAUCACGUGAGCUAUGCCUUGUCCAAGGAGGCCACGAAUCUGGACACACGAUACCUGGGACGCUUCCUGCACAGUCCGACUGGACGCUACAUGGAUAUCUACAGCAAUCAGCCGGCAAUGCACUUCUCCACGGCCAAUCGGUUUCCCAAGUCGUCGCACGGCGAGGAUCCCAUUAUGGGUAAGAAGUGCACACGAUAUUGGCAGCACAGCGGCUAUGUGCUGCAGUUUAUGGGCUUUCCCGAUGCCUUAAAUCAGACAAUGUUCCCCACCAUCAUCAUUCUGCCGGGUGAGAACUAUUUCAAUGAGACCAUCUAUCAGUUCUGUGUGAAAGAGCCAUGGCAGUGCUGUGCCACACCGGAGGAGCUCGCGGCCAUGGACGAGGAUAUGGUUAAGAAUUCAUAAAGAGAACUCAGUGGAUGUAGUAGAAAUCACAAAGAACAUUCCCUAAAUUAUUAUUAUUAUUAUUAUAUUUUUAAAAAUAGUUUUUCUUCAAUUAUGUGCUUAAAACAAUUAAAUUCUUGAA